AGCUGAUAUAAGCCCGGGACCCCGCGGGCUCAUCUUCUCUGCUCUGGACUUGGGAGGCUCCGUUUCCUGCUCCUGGAGGGAGACGCGCUGCAGAGGAGAAUCCCGGCGGGAGAACAUUUCAGAAUAGGAAUAGGCCAAGUGCUGAGAAGAUGAGUCUUAGGAUUGAUUCGAAUACAAACUUUCCGGAGUGUGUUGUAGAUGCAGGAAAAGUCAUCCUUGGGACUCGGUGGAGGCAGGAGAUGGACCCUCGCCUGCGGGAGAAACAGAAUGAAAUCAUCCUGCAAGCAGUAUGUGCUCUGCUGAAUUCUGGUGGGGGCAUAAUCAAGGCUGAGAUUGAGAACAAAGGCUACAAUUAUGAAAGCCAUGGAGUAGGAUUGGAUGUGCCUCCAAUUUUCAGAAGCCAUUUAGAUGAGAUGCAGCAGGAAAACCACUUUUUGAUUUUUGUGAAAUCAUGGAACACAGAGGCCGGUGUGCCACUUGCUACCUUAUGCUCCAAUUUGUACCACAGACAGAGAACAUCCACUGAUGUCAUGGAUUCUCAGGAAGCUCUGGCAUUCCUCAAACGGAGGACUCAGACUCUUACGAAUAUUAAUGUUUCCAAUUCAUUAAGUCCACAGGCAGCUCAGAGUAGUGUACAAUAUGAAGGUAACACAAAGGCCUUAGCUGCUGCUUUAUUUGAUAGAAAGCGGCUUCAGUAUCUGGAAAAACUCAACUUCCCUGAGUCCAAACAUGUUGAAUUUGUAAUGUUCUCAACAGACGUGUCGCACUGUGUUAAAGACAGACUUCCGAAGUGUGUUUCUGCGUUUGCAAAUACCGAAGGAGGAUAUGUAUUUUUUGGUGUGCACGAUGGGACUUGUCAAGUGAUCGGAUGUGAAAAAGAGAAAAUAGACCUUACGAGCUUGAGGGCUUCUAUUGAUGGCUGUAUUAAGAAGCUACCUGUCCAUCAUUUCUGCACACAAAGGCCUGAGAUACAGUAUGUCCUUAACUUCCUUGAAGUGCAUGAUAAGGGGGCCCUUCGUGGAUAUGUCUGUGCAAUCAAGGUGGAGCAAUUCUGCUGUGCGGUGUUUGCCAAAGCGCCUAGUUCCUGGCAGGUGAAGGACAACCGUGUGAGACAAUUGCCCACAAGAGAAUGGACUGCUUGGAUGAUGGAAGCCGACCCAGAUCUUUCCAGGUGUCCUGAGAUGGUCCUUGCGUUGAGUUUGUCAUCUGCCACACCCCGCAGCAAGACCGUGUGCAUUCAUAAGAAUUUGGAACGUCUGAAAGAGCAGCAGAAACGCUACUUUCCAGUAUUUUCAGACAGAGUGGUGUAUACUCCAGAAAGCCUCUACAAGGAACUCUUCUCACAACAUAAAGGACUCAGAGACUUAAUAAAUACAGAAAUGCGCCCUUUCUCUCAAGGAAUAUUGAUUUUUUCUCAAAGCUGGGCUGUGGACUUAGGUCUGCAAGAGAAGCAGGGAGUCAUCUGUGAUGCUCUUCUAAUUUCCCAGAACAACACCCCUAUUCUCUACACCAUCUUCAGCAAGUGGGAUGCAGGGUGCAAGGGCUAUUCUAUGGUAGUUGCUUAUUCUUUGAAGCAGAAGCUGGUAAACAAAGGCGGCUACACUGGGAGGUUAUGCAUUACCCCCUUGGUCUGUGUGCUGAAUUCUGAUAGAAAAGCACAGAGCGUUUACGGUUCAUAUUUACAAAUUUACCCUGAAUCCUAUAACUUCAUGACCCCCCAGCACAUGGAAGCCCUGUUACAGUCCCUCGUGAUAGUCUUGCUUGGGUUCAAAUCCUUCUUAAGUGAAGAGCUGGGCUCUGAGGUUUUGAACCUACUGACAAAUAAACAGUAUGAGUUGCUUUCAAAGAACCUUCGCAAGACCAAAGAGUUGUUUGUUUAUGGCUUACCUGGAUCAGGGAAGACCAUCUUGGCUCUCAAUAUCAUGGAGAAGAUCAAGAAUGUGUUUCACUGUCAACCGACUAACAUUCUCUACAUCUGUGAAAAUUACCCCCUGAAGAAGUUGGUGAGUUUCAGCAAGAAAAACAUCUGCCAGCCAGUGACCCGGAAAACCUUCAUGAAAAACAACUUUGAACACGUCCAGCACAUUGUCAUUGAUGAUGCUCAGAAUUUCCGCACUGAAGAUGGGGACUGGUAUGGGAAAGCAAAGUUCAUCACUCAGACAGCAAGGGAUGGCCCAGGAGUUCUCUGGAUCUUUCUGGACUACUUUCAGACCAAUCACUUGAGUUGCAGUGGCCUCCCACCUCUCUCAGCCCAGUAUCCAAGAGAAGAGAUCACCAGAGUGGUCCGCAGUGCAGAUCCAAUAGCCAAUUACCUACAACAAAUAAUGCAGGAAGCCAGACAAAAUCUUCCACCUAACCUCCCCCCUGAGUCCCUGGAGAUGCUCUAUGAACCUAAAUGGGCUCAAGGUGUCCCAGGCAACUUAGAGAUUAUUGAAGACUUGAACUUGGAGGAGAUACUGGUCUAUGUAGCGGAUAAAUGCCGUUUCCUCUUCCGGAAUGGUUAUUCUCCGAGGGAUAUUGCUGUGCUUUUCACCAAAGCAAGUGAAGUGGAAAAAUAUAAAGACAGGCUUCUAACAGCAAUGAGGAAGAGAAAAAUGUCUCAGCUCGAUGAGGAAUGUGAUCUGUUACUACAGGUCGGUGACGCAUUGGAUGUUCUGACCAAUCACAUUGUGUUGGACAGUGUCUGUCGAUUUUCUGGCCUGGAAAGAAAUAUCGUAUUUGGAAUCAAUCCAGGAGUAACCCAACACGCUGGGGUCUACAAUCUUCUGCUCUGUUUGGCUUCUAGGGCAAAAAGACAUCUGUAUAUUCUGAAGGCUUCUGUGUGACAGGAAAACCCAAGCCUAAGAAACAAUUAAGUGAUUCUCAUCUCUAA